GUUUUCUCCAGUGGCUUCAGGUUCAGAACCUAUUUCUGAUGUACGAUUGAGGCCUCUAUUUUCCCUUCCCACAAACACGCGGUUGUACGCGGAUGUAGUUGAACAGAGGAUGCCCAAGAGCUACUUCGCUGCAGAGCUACUACGAUGUAAAUUACAGAGUAACUGUGACUGAAGCAUUUCUUCCACUCAAAGGAGACCAACCAAGCCUUCCUCUUUCUGUCUGUAAUGGAAACCUAGCUGGCUUUUCUACCAUGUCUACAGCCAGCAUCGGAAUGAACAAACAUUCAGUACUGCCUCCCAUCAUUCCUGAAAGUGAGAAGGAGUUUCUGGACAGCAUCCACGGAUACAUCAUUUCAGAAAUUGAGAACGUAGGCUGCACCAAGGAAGGGCCAGCUGAGGAGUAUUACGUCAUAUACAGAAAUGUGUUUGAAAGGAUAAUUGAACAUGUCAAGGCAUACAAGAACAUUCUGACUACAAUCAAGCAGGAAUACGAUGCCUUUAUAGAAGCAGUAAAGAAAGGCCAGAGAACUGCAUUCUAUCUGCAUGGAAAAUUAAAAGUUUUAGCUUGUGAAUCUACUACUCUCAUGUAUUAUAGGAAGAGAAUUACUCAACUGGAACAGAACAUAAAGAAAAUUGAGAGAAAUUCUACAAGAACUGAGAACUUGAUAAAGAAAAUAAGAACUUUUAGAACAACAGCUGCAGUUGAAACUACAACCCCAUGCAAAAAACUUGACCCUUCUAAAGCCAUACCAGGUCUCAGCCACAAAGAUUCUUUCAACAUGGAUGCUCUUGCUAAGCACCUUGCUCAUCUGCAAAAGCGGCUACAGGAGCUUAAAGAAGACAUGUUCACGAAAUACGUCCCUGUGGAGAACAUGGCAGUUAUUGAAGAGAAGCUAAAUCAUGCCCUGAACCGGCGAGAUAAGUCUGAGGCAGAAAACAAGAAGCUGAAGUCUUGCUAUUACCGAAUAGUACAGUUUGCAAAUGCACUGAGUAUCUGGGAGAAUACGGACAAGAGUAUUGACACCCUGAAUCAACUAAUUGUUCAAAUAAGAGAGCGCGACAAAAAAAUCGAAAAAGGUUCACUUGUCUCCAGUGGCUCAAGCAUAUUUGAACGUGACCACACCCAGGCCACAGAGGCAGCAGACAUGAUUGAAUAUAUUGAAAGGUUCAAUGAAUUAUUUUCCCGUGGUCAAUAUGAGUCUGCAGCAAUAUUUGCAGCAAACUGCCCAAGAGGUAUUCUACGGAAUGAAGAAACCAUGGAGAAAUUUAAGGCUGUCAGCAGUGUUAAAGGGAAGAUCCUCCCUCUGCUUAUGUACUGUGAAGCUCUUGUAAGCACAAGCAUGGCGGUCAAGCAUCCUCUUCCAGCAAAUUUGACAGUAGAAGCCAUCAAAUGUGCCUUAUCUGAGAAACGGUUAGAACUGGUGAUGUACUGGAUCACCCAGCAAAAACUUUCAUUCAAUGAGGAAGCAGGUGAUGUCAUCUGUGCCUAUGGAGAGGUGGACAAGCACAACAGAUCCCAGUGCCUUGCUUUGGCUCAGAUUGCCUACAGCCGGUGUGGGGCACACAAGAAAGCUGCUCUGUGCUUGUGCAAACAGGGGCAGAUCUCUGGAGCCAUGGACUACAUCCACCAGCUACAGUACUUUUCCACAGAUGAUUAUAUCUACCUUGUGAAAAACUGUCCUAGUGUACAACUUAUCCGCUGCCUAACUCAAGAAUGGAAGGGAAAACCAGCUGCCUUGUCUCUUGGGGCAACAGUGCUCUUCCUCUACAACACAGAACAAAGAAUCUAUAGCAUACGGUUAUUGGAGGAUAUUGCCAAGGAGAGCAGAAACAUAUUGGAACAAAUGAUUAUAAAUGAUUCAAACUGCAAUGUGGAGGAGUGGAAAGAGAUAGCAGAAAUAUGUUUCCAACACAAGAAAAUAAAACUGGGCAAGCUUCUCAUCUCAAUCCUGACUGCACAAGACGGAGUGCUUGAACUCCCGCCCGAUGAUGACAGUGCCAAGUUAAUGGAACAUGUUUUUAUGUAAUUUCCCUUCAAAGCGCCUGGGGGAGCUCUUUGCCCUCAGAAACGCUUCAGCUGGUUGAAUGAACCACAAAAGGCUUUGUAGUUUUUCUCCC